CUGGUGUGGGAUCUGUUUGGCCAAAGUAGUGGGAAUGUGUGUUGGGCAUAGUGGUAUGUAUAGGAUUAUGGCGCUUCAAUUUCCUUUACCAUUUUUCGUAAACAAAUAUACAAUGCACUUUCCCAACUGGGAAACGGUGCAAUAUGGAACAAAGCGUCUACCACACGAAGACGACUACUCUCUACGUCGGAAGUUAUUUUGAGCCUGCAGCUCGAGUGCAGGGUGUUUCUGUGAUACUCCAGCCAAUCACGUUGGCAGACAUGACGGCGCAACAGUUAGUCCCUUUAGCUUCACUGGAAAUACUUCGAUACCAACAACACUUUUGUUAGCUGUAAGCAAGCUAUAUAUAGCUAGCAAAAUAGGAUACUGAAAAGACUGGCAGUGGCUGCCAACAAUGCAACGUUUCUCAAAGGGUGGAGCAAAACUGGAAAAUGUAUUCGAAAGAGCAAAGUAACAUGUAUGAAUAACUUUAUUUUAACUCGCAACUACUAGCUAUGAGAACAGCUAACGUUAGCAAAGAAUUCCAGAAGAACUAACGUUAGCUAGCUAAAUAAGUAAGACAUGGCUACCACCAGGGAAAUACAAUACCGAAGCCCCACAGUGAGUAUCAAGCAGGAGCAGGACGAUGACUCGGACACGGAGGAGUCUCACAUUGGUUUCAAGAAGUCGGAUGGACGCGAGUCGCAGAUAAUCCACAGUGGUCACUUCAUGGUGUCCUCGCCGCACAUUGAACACCCACCAAGAAAAGGUUACGAUUUCGACACAGUCAACAAACAAACCUGUCGGACGUAUCACUUCGGGAAGAAGUGUACAUCACAUCUCUCCAUUGACGCGUCGUUGACAAAACUUUUCGAAUGCAUGACCCUUGCAUACAGCGGCAAGUUGGUGUCGCCAAAAUGGAAGAACUUCAAAGGCCUGAAGUUGCUGUGGAGAGACAAGAUCCGGCUCAACAAUGCUAUCUGGAGGGCCUGGUACAUGCAAUAUGUGGAGAAGCGAGAGAACCCUGUCUGCCAUUUUGUUACUCCUCUGGAUGGGACCGUGGACAUGGAGGACCAUCGUCCGGCAGAGGCAAUAGCCACAGAGGGGAAAUAUUGGAAAAGAAGAAUUGAAAUUGUAAUUCGAGAGUAUCACAAGUGGAGGACAUAUUUCAAGAAAAGGUUACAGAAGCACAAGGAUGACGAUCUCUCAAGCCUUCUCAAGGGGCCGGAAGAACAGUUUUCGCUGUUUGAGGAUGUCUUUCCAGACACCUUCCGUGUGUCCCUUUAUCAGGAUGAGGAAAUGGCUGGGCGCCGCAUUGCUCGCAAGAGCCGUGAGUCACCCGUCCCCAUGGAGAUGGACCCACUCUUUGACAUGGAUGUGCUGAUGUCAGAGUUUUCUGACACACUCUUCUCCACGCUGGCCUCCCACCAGCCCAUGGCCUGGCCCAAUCCCAGGGAAAUAGCGCAUGCAGGGAACGCAGACAUGAUCCAGCCUGGACUCAUCCCCCUACAGCCCAACCUGGACUUUAUGGACUCCUAUGAGCAAUUACAAGACUUAUUUCACAGCCUCCGUCAGCCCAUCUUCCCCUCUGCUUCCCUCACUGCCUCAUCCGCCACUCCUCUACACAGCAACAGUUCUCAAUCCCAGGGCCAGCUUCUCUCCUCCAUGCACCUCUCAGCUGACCUCCUGUCCGUCAGUCAUGACCACAGACUCAUCGCCUCCCCAGCCCCCCUGACUAUCUCCUCCCUCAUGUCCAAUCAAACCAGUGGAAGCCCCUCUUACGUACAGAACUACAUGCCUCUGUUCUCUGGGCCGGUGUCCCCUAGUGCUCAGGCUGGAGGCUCCUCCCUCAUGCAAACCUCAGCCCUUCCCACGGUGCGGCACACCCAGACCUGCCAGGGUGCUGCCACCCCAACACUAGUAGCCCCCCCACCCCUAGACGAUGCCACAAGCCUGGACGGUUCCCCGCCCUCAUCUGUCAUCACACAUACAACCACCUCUACUGUUCUACCCAGUGAUGCUGCCACCACCUUCAGUCACAGCUCUGACUUCAGCUCCCUAAACUGGGAACCUCCACCACCACCCCUCCAGCCCCUGCCACCCUCACCUGCCGCCACCCCACAACACCCCCAGACCUUCGCCCUGCCCAGACCCUUCCAGCCCUCUUGCUCCAACAAAAAGACACGCCGUGUCCAAAGGAUUGUUCCUGCCAUCUCCUCGUCUCACCUCAUCCUAACAGCACCCUUCCCAGGGCAUACCAGUGCAGUGAUUGUUACUCCAACCCCCCUGAAAGCAGAUGUGGUUCCCUCAACGGGCGUGAUCAUCGGCUCCUCCAGCCUAUCAAGGGCUCCUGGAUUUCACAUCCUUCCACAGACUCCGAAGUCUCCCCAGCUCAUUAUCCCUAAAGAGGAGACCUACUCUUCCAGCCGCAAGAAACAAGAACCCUCCACAAGUACUGGGCAUGAGGACCGUAGCUCAGGUCAGGGGUCACUGUGUGGGUCAGAGCAGAUCUCCAGUCCUCAGUCUCCACACAGCAGCUGCAUUGCCCUUUCCAAGAACGAGUCCAACCAGAGCCGUAGGGUGACCCAUAUCACUGCUGAACAGAAGAGGCGCUUCAACAUCAACAUUGGCUUCAAAAUGCUGUGCAGCCUGAUUCCUGCUCUCAAGUCUCAGUCCAAUAUCAGUAAUGCAGUCACGCUGCAGAAGACAGUGGAGUACAUUAGGAAGCUGCAGCAGGAGAGGCAGCAGAUGCAGAAGGAGACCAAAAGGCUACGGGAGGAGAUUGAGGAGGUCAAUGCCUCCAUAAAUGUGUGUCAGGAGCAGCUGCCUGCUACAGGUGUGCCCAUCACACGCCACCGAUUCGACCACAUGCGGGAGAAGUUUGAUGAGUACGUGAAGAGCCGCACACUUCAGAACUGGAAGUUUUGGAUCUUCAGCAUCAUUAUUAAACCCCUAUUUGAGUCCUUCAAUGGGACUGUCUCCACCACAAGCAAAGGGGAGCUGUGUGAGACCACACUGCAAUGGCUGGACCGUCACUGCUCCCUCCAUGUGCUGAGGCCCAGGAUGCGCUGGUGAGCUUUUUAUGCUGCUCCCUAUAACCAAACAAACACAAUCAGGAUAUUUUAUGGUGAAGAAAGCAUCAGCCAUACUGUAAGCAUACAGGUUACAUACAUAGCAUAAGUAUGAUGUUCUUUUUUUGUUUCUUAUAAUCAAGCCAUCCUUAUGUCUAAGGUAUGCUUAUGACAGCGUUAUGCUAGCCUGUCAAAGAUACAUUGCUCUUCUCAUAGUUCAGAUCGUAUUUGUCUAAGAUACAGUUAAACAUUAUAGGUUAUAUUGCAAAAGUAGAAACUUUAAUUUCACGUCUCUCCUUUAUUAGUCUCAGAAACCCUGACCUACAUUGGUACAUUGUGGGAGGCAUUUAGAGAAACUACUCCUUUAUUAGUCUCAGAAACCCUGACCUACAUUGGUACAUUGUGGGAGGCAUUUAGAGAAACUACUCCUUUAUUAGUCUCAGAAACCCUGACCUACAUUGGUACAUUGUGGGAGGCAUUUAGAGAAACUACUCCUUUAUUAGUCUCAGAAACCCUGACCUACAUUGGUACAUUGUGGGAGGCAUUUAGAGAAACUACUCCUUUAUUAGUCUCAGAAACCCUGACCUACAUUGGUACAUUGUGGGAGGCAUUUAGAGAAACUACUCCUUUAUUAGUCUCAGAAACCCUGACCUACAUUGGUACAUUGUGGGAGGCAUUUAGAGAAACUACUCCUUUAUUAGCAAUGCACCUCAGAACAGCAAAUACAUGAAUAUACUUUAUUAUUGUAACUCCUGACUGUUGCAGAGUGAGAUUUAGUAUUUGUUUUUUGUUGUAUUU